AUAGUUAGAAAGAAAACCGGUUGGACAACAUCUCCGUGGCUCAAACAAUGAGUGACAGGACGUCACACAGGAGUUGAAACAUUUGUAAGACCUGGGAGAGUUCCUCGUCAUUCAAACCACUCUCCUCGUGUGCAGAUCCACAAUGGAAUUUGCUUGUGGGUUUGUUUAUGUCCCGCCAGUGACUCAGAUGGACGGCCAAAGAUCCAACGCCAAUGUCGUUAAACGCUCAGCUCUACUCCCUCCUUGUAACCAUAUUCGUCCUCGGAUGCCCCCCCCUCCUCCUCCUCCAUCAACAAACUCUGCAGAGUCCAAAUCGCCCAAAUUCCCCACAACAACCUCCAAGAUCUUUGAGCCGUUGGAGAAGAGCCGACUGAAAAAGGUUGUGAAGCCCAGUGUCUUCUAUGAAAAUGAAGAAACUCACAAUAAAACUGAGGCUGCCUUAUCCGUCAGUGCAACAGGCCAGCAGACGGCAUCUCGUCGAAGGGCAGCCCUUCUUCCACCUCACAUGAAACCUGCAGACAACAGCCAGUCCCCUCCUAUCAGCCAGCCACUCAACAGCAAUCAGACAUUUGUCUAUGACCUGCCAAUUAAAGAGCCAUAUUUACACACCCAGCCCUGGGAUCCAAACUACUCAUACAGUAUACCAGAAGGCACUGGGGGCGAGGUGAAGCUGCCAGAAAAUACUACCACUGUGGCGGGUCCGACAGUAGCCCCAGCCCUCCCACCGAGACCCUCAUUCAUGAAGUCAAUGCCAGAGUACCUGGUGCUGAUACCCUCGUCAAGCUCAGCUCCUUCAUCCUCUCAGAAAUCCCCCUCGACGUCAUCACUUUCCCAAUCUGAUGGAUCAGCAGAGAAGGAGCGUCUUCCCGGGAAUCCUAACGUUGUCCUAGUCAGUUUAGGGAAAUUACUCUCAGAGGAAAGAGUGCAGCCCAGUGUAGGCAAACCUACCUCCUGCUCCCAGUGUGGCUCUGUGCUGGACUCCUGCUAUUACAACGUGGUAAAUACGUGUCACUUCUGUGGAACCUGCGAGUCGACCAGCCCUCCCAGUAUAGCUCCCUGUAUUAACUUCCUCCUCAACCCGGAUGAAAAGCCCCUGUGCGCUGCCGACACUCUGCUGCUCUUCUGCAUCGACACCUCAGGCUCCAUGAGCAUCACCUCCCAGGUGUCAGUAGGUGAGCAGCUCGUCCACCGAUCACGUCUCCAGUUUGUGCAGGAAGCUGUGAUACAGUGUGUUCAGAGACUAAGUGAACAGCGACCAGACGUAAGAGUGGGGCUCAUCACCUUCAACCAUCAGGUUACGAUGCAUGGUCAUGAUAACGUCACAUCACAUUUCCUGAGCGGAGAUGAGUUGACUGACAGCAACCGUCUGAAAGAGGCUGCAGCCAGUUUCCCCAGUCCACCUCCACUCUCGCAGACCAAGGACUUCUUACAGGAACAAGUCAUGGGAUUAUCUGAAAGUGGAACCACAGCUCUGGGUCCAGCUGCUCUCCUGGCAAUUGCAAUGGCCUCCAGACAGCCAGGGUCCAAUGUCAUUGUCUGCACAGAUGGGAAGGCCAACACAGAGCUAGGAAAUCUGGAGGUGGAGGACAAUGAUGCCCACAGCCUCCUCUCAUCCACCAUCUUCUACCAGGAGCUGGGGGAGUACGCCGCUAAGCAAGGUGUGACGGUGUCUGUGCUGUCCAUAGAGGGAACAGACUGCAGGCUGGAUGAGCUGGGACGACUCGCCGACCGCACCGGUGGAAGAGUGGUGAUAUCAAGUCCAAACCGGCUGCACCCAGAGUUCGAACAGAUCAUCGACAACAGGACCACAGCUACACACUGUACCGUCACGUUACUUCUGCCCAAAUCCCUACGAAUGAGAGGAGAGAAGGAGUCUGGACACAGAGUGAUCCGAGAGGUCGGGAAUGUGGCCCCGGACACAGAGAUCACAUUCCAGUUUGGAGUCAACGAACUGGACACAGAAACGUCGGCUCCAGCCCCUGGAAGCCGUGUGUGCAUUCAGCUGCUGAUCAGGUACCGGCAGAGGAACGGAGAGAGGAUGCUCCGGGUGAUUACUGCAAACCGAGAUGUUACCGAUGACAGCUCGGCGGCCCUGUCCUCCCUGUCCCUGGCCAUCAUUCAGCUCAACUCGUCGCAGGCCAGCGCCGCCCUGGCUGUCAGGGGCCGCAUCCUGGACGCCAGGAGGGAAGGGGAGCUGCAGAGGAAGCUGAUAGAGAGAGCGAUUGAAUAUAAUCACAGUGCCCAGGACCAACAGACUUACCAAGAAUGGGUUAUGACCAUGGAGCCGAUAUACAACAACAUUCAUAGCUUGACACGGAGACAAUCAGUCAUCUCAGACUCACAGCAGUCUCUAACAGACGCUGGAGCGGCGCUGCUCUACACCAUGAAGCACAGCAACAGGAAGUCCAUCUCGCUGAAGAACAAAGUUAAACUCUAGUUUCUACACCUUUUUUAUUACCUUGUUGGAGGAGACUUCAGUGAUGAGCGACAGGGAUGAACACAACUGCUGUUUGACUUUGUCUGACCGUAUAAAUAUCCUUAAAUAUUAUACAAUGUAAAUGUAUCGCUGUGUAAAUCGUCUGAAAACAAGCUCAUCUGUGUCAUAGACAUUCAUUUCUCUGUAAGAUGUCUUAUUUUUUCUGUCCACGUUGCACACACAAACUGCUGAGGCCGUGCACAGUGUAUUUGACACCUUCCCAGUGUCAGAUAGAGCUUUUGUGUUGACAA